UGUAGAGAAAAGCUGAGGUCUAUAAGCUGUUUUAUUUCAUAUUAUAACAAAAAGAACAUUAGUAUGUUAUGGCAGGAGACCUUAUUACACUUAAGUAAACCCACUACGGAUGUGUCUCUGCCUUCAGUGUGAGAAAAACCUUUUCCUGAAUACAACUGAUGGGUGGGUGUUGUGACUUUUAAUGACAUUCUAUUUUUGUUCAGUAGGCAAGACCCUGGGAAGGCUUUUUUUUCAAUUUUUUGCACAUACCGUCUGAGAAACAGUUCAUUCAAAAAUGAUGUGCCCCUGGAAACGAUUCAUGAAGAUCGGAACUGUAAAAGAGAAAGCAUUUUGCAAUGAAAUGGACAUCAACAACAAUCUGCAUAAGGACUUUGAGAAAAAACACAGCACAAUCAUAAAAGAAGCAAACAAUUUCAAUGGCACGAAGCAAACAAUGGCUGAACUUAAAUCUGUAUCAGAGAAAAGAUUUCCAGAAAACAUCACGCACCCGCAGAAAAGAGAGACUUGUCCUAAAUAUUUGAAACUGAAGAAUUAUGAAAGUGGAUCAAUUCUUCAAGACACUUUACACCUCAAAGCAAAGAAGAACCUCAGCUGCCAGUCUAAAAUAUGUCAGGGAUCCAUCAUGAACCCAAAGGUGUAUAUAAGAGGCCCCAGGAAUGAGCCAGUACCACAAGAUGAACUUUUACCUCAAGCAAUAGAAUUUGUUAACCAGUACUACAGCUCCUUCAAAGAGCCUCAAAUAGAAAAUCACCUUAACAGGCUGGAAACAGUGGCCAAAGAAAUAGAAUGUACUGGCACCUACCAGCUAACUAGAGAUGAGCUUGCCUAUGCAACCAAGAUGGCAUGGAGAAAUGCACCACGCUGCAUUGGACGAAUACAGUGGUCUAACUUACAGGUCUUUGAUGCUCGUGACUGCAAGACAGCCAAGGAAAUGUUUGAACUCCUCUGCCGUCAUAUAACUUACUCAUCAAAUGGAGGAAACAUAAGAUCUGCUAUUACCAUAUUUCCUCAGAGGACUGAUGGGAAACAUGAUUUCAGAGUGUGGAACAGUCAACUUAUUCGUUAUGCAGGUUUUCAAAUGCCAGAUGGAUCAAUCGUUGGUGACCCAGCCAGCAUAGAAUUUACAGAGUUGUGUAUCCAUCUUGGUUGGAAGCCAAAAUACAGUCGGUUUGAGAUCCUUCCUUUGGUGCUUCAGGCAAAUGGCCAAGAUCCAGAGUUGUUUGAGAUACCAUUAGAUAUUAUUGAUGAGGUGCCAAUAGAACAUCCAAAGUAUGAGUGGUUCAAGGAACUUAGCCUGAAGUGGUAUACAUUGCCUGCAGUUGCCAAUAUGCUUCUUGAAGUUGGAGGUUUAGAGUUCUCUGCUUGCCCCUUCAAUGGCUGGUACAUGGGAACAGAAAUUGGUGUUCGGGAUUUUUGUGAUGUCCAGCGCUAUAAUAUUCUUGAGGAAGUAGGAAGGCGACUGGGCUUGGAGACACACAAACUGGCCUCAUUGUGGAAAGACCAAGCUGUUAUUGAGCUCAACAUUGCAGUUCUGUAUAGUUUUCAGAAACACAACGUGACUAUCAUGGACCACCACUCUGCUGCGGAGUCCUUUAUGAAGCAUCUGGAGAAUGAGUACAGACUGCGAGGAGGUUGCCCAGCUGAUUGGGUUUGGCUCGUCCCCCCAAUGUCAGGCAGCAUCACGCCAGUGUUUCACCAGGAAAUGCUGAAUUACAUUCUGAGCCCCUUUUAUUACUAUCAGAUCGAUGCUUGGAAAACUCAUGUGUGGCAGGAUGAAAACCGCAAACCAAAGAAGAAGGAAUUUAAGUUUAGUGUUGUGGCAAAGUCUGUGCUAUUUGCCUCAUCACUCUUAAAGAAAACUGUGGCUGCCAGAACCAAAGUUACCAUUCUCUAUGCAACAGAAACAGGGAAAUCAGAAACCUUUGCAAAGAAACUGCAAGCACUCUUUAGUUACGCCUUCAAUGCCAAGGUUCUCUGUAUGGAUGACUAUAACAUCAGAAACUUGGAGGAUGAAAGCCUUCUAUUGGUUGUGACGAGCACUUUCGGAAAUGGAGACUGCCCAGGAAAUGGAGAGAAAUUCAAGAAAGCAAUGUUUUCCUGCAAAUAUCUAAAGAACAAAUUAAGGUAUGCUGUUUUUGGCCUUGGAUCCAGCAUGUAUCCGCAGUUCUGUGCAUUUGCCCAUACAGUGGACCAAAGGCUGGCACAACUCGGUGCCGCACAAAUCAGCCUUACAGGUGAAGGAGAUGAGCUCAGUGGGCAAGAAGAGUCUUUUCUAAACUGGGCAGUUCAGACAUUUAAGGCUGCAUGUGAACUAUUUAAAAUUCGAGACAGAAGAAAUAUUCAUUUACCUAAGUGUUACACCUCAACAGAAAGCUGGAGUGCAGAAAAUUAUCGUCUUGUUAAUGAUAACCAACAAUAUGACCACAUCAAAGCUCUCUGUAAAAUGCACUCCAGGAGCAUAGUGCCAAUGAAACUGAAAUUUAGGAAGAACUUGCAAAGUCCCAAAUCAAGCCGUACCACACUGCUUGUAAAGCUUUCCUAUGAGAAUAGCCAGGAAGUACGGUUUAUGCCAGGAGAACAUGCUGGUUUGUUUGCUGGCAACCAGCCAGAGCUAGUAGCGAGCGUAAUUAGCCAUCUGAAGGAUGCUCCGCCCUGUAAUCAGCAUGUCCGACUGGAGACACGGAAUGAGCAGGAGAGCUUCUGGACAAUCAGUGAAAAAAUCCCUCCCUGCUCUUUGACACAAGCACUGACAUAUUUCCUAGACAUCACUACGCCACCGACGCAGCUUCUGCUAAAAAAACUCUCCCUGUUGGCCACCAAGGUCACGGAUAAAAGCAGGCUGGAAGAGUUAAGCAAAGAUGCAGAUGAAUAUAAACAGUGGAAGAACCAUAACUUUCCUAAUUUCCUGGAGGUACUGGAAGAGUUCCCAUCCCUACAAGUACCUACAACGUUUGUGCUCACUCAGCUCCCACCUCUGAAGCCUAGAUACUACUCUAUCAGCUCCUCUCGUGAUAUGGUGCCGGGGGAGAUCCACCUUACUGUUGCUGUUGUGAAUUACACAACCAGAGGUGGCCAGGGCCCAUUACAUCAUGGUGUCUGCAGCACAUGGCUAAAUGAUCUAGAUAUCAAUGAAACAGUUCCAUGCUUUAUUAGGAGUACAAACACAUUCCAUCUCCCAGAAAACCCAUCAGUUCCAUGUGUACUGAUUGGCCCAGGAACAGGAAUUUCUCCAUUCAGAGGAUUUUGGCAGCAGCGACUCUAUGACCUAGAAAAGAAAGGAAUUAAGGCUGGGUCUAUGAUCCUACUGUUUGGCUGCCAGCAAUCAGGGAUGGAUGAAAUCUAUGCGGAUGAGACACAAUACAUGAAGAGUAAAGGCGUGCUGAAAGAUGUGUACACUGCAUAUUCAAGGCAACCAGGACAAGCCAAGGUGUAUGUGCAAGAUAUACUUAUAAAGAACUUGGAGAGUGAAGUGUGUCGGAUUUUGCUUGAAGAAGAAGGCCAUCUGUAUGUGUGCGGGAACUUUGAAAUGGCAAAGAAUGUUGCUCAGACCCUAAAAAGCAUGAUUGCAAAGAGGCUGAAACUGAAUGAGGAAGAAGCCGAGAAUUAUUUCUCUGAGUUGAAGAACAAAUUAAGAUAUCACGAAGAUAUAUUUGGGCCUGCUCAUAGGCCUCAGCAGUCUACAAAUGGAUACCCUUCUCCUGUGGCUUUUAGUACACCAGUCUAUACUCCACACCAUAGAAUUACAAAUAUGAAGUAGGAGUAAUGGAACAGAGUUUAGAGCAUCUUCUUAUGGACUUAACUCUUCCCUUCCAUCUUCAUGCUUAUAAUCAAUGUACAUUAGUAGCAUUGCAGCUUUGUUUUUCCCUUUUGAAAAAUAGUUUAUAUACAACUACCAUUAUGCAUAAUAUAAUAAUGAAGCUCAGUGUAAUCUGACAAUGUUACAUUAAAUUGCACGGUGGAAGGGAGGCACUUUGGUACUAAAACACAUCCAUUCAAGUGGAUGAGUCAAACUAAAAUCACAAUUAUAAAAGGCCGAAGUUGUAGACCCCCACACUUGUUUUUUAAUGGGGUGUUGGUCUUGGAGAUCUUCCCCUAUAAAAGCUACAGCAGGGGAGGCUCAGGAAGUAAAAACAGUGCUGUGAAUGGCAGACACUUGUCCCAAGCAGAGAGAUACCAGCCUAUAAAAAUAUGACCAGUGGUAAAUAGAAAAGGUUUACCAUGACAUGGUAUGGGACAAAGGCAAUUUUAUGUGCAGAGUGAAUUGUUACUGGAACUUGGCGUCGGGGAAUGUGUAUGUUUAAAGCAGAUUGGUGUAGUUCAUGUCCACUUCCUCUACAUUUCACUUAUAUCAGCCUUGAAUUGCUCCCACAGUCCCUUUUGCACUUCUGAAGUGAUAAAAAGAGGUCUGAGUGGCUAAAGCACAAACAUUUCUGUACCUAAAGGUGUAACAUUUACUGCUCCAUACAUGUACUCAGAAUAUUAUUGGAGGUGCUUUUGUAUUACCCACUAUCCAGAGAGAUUUUUCUUUAUUUAGGCAGCUAUACCAAUCAGUUAUUCAUGACAUAGUCCUGGAAUAGUAGAGCAGCACAGUUAAAGGGGUGGUUCACAUUUAGGUUAACUAUUCCUAGCAAUCUUUCAAGUGGUCUUCAUUUUUACAUUUUUUGAUUUUUAAAUUAUUUGUCCUCUUUCUGAUUCUUUCCAGCCAAAAAUGUUUUGCUCUAUGUAAAACACUGUCUGGCUGCUAGGUUAAAUCAGACCCUGGCAACCAGAUAGCAGCUGAAAUUCCAAACUGGAGAGCUGCUGAACAAAAAGCAAAACAAUUUAAAAAAUGAAGCCCAAUUGUGAAAUGUCUGAAAAUAGCACUCUCUACAUUAUACUAAAAAUUAAUUUAAAAAUGUAAGUUGAUCAAGAUAGCUGAAAUGUACAUUACAUUGCACUAACCAUGAAUACUGGCUUGUGAUUGCAAAGCUGACAACAUGGUUUACCCACAAUGCAUUGUCUCCCUCCCCUUGACUUCCUGUGUUACUCCAUGCACCGGUACUGGCACAAAGCUUGUUUCCUUUUGUAACUACAUGUUAAGUGCCUUAUGCAAGUGAGACAGGUUCAUAUACCCCCCCCCCAAAGAUUUUCAGUUUACAAAAAAUAAUUUGCAUUUGGGUAGAGAGCACGAAGAAACCAAACCUUUAUGGCUGUUCAGGAUUUGUUUUUAGCUUCAGAGUUCAACUUUUUGUAUCACAUGGGAGCUUGAUUUAACAAAAAAUAUCCACGUUUUAGUCAUUUCAGUGAACCUCAGUUAUCAGUUUUAACUUAAAAGAAGCAUUUUUAUUGUAAUUUAGAAGACAGGACAUGGAUCAGAUGAUCAUGGGAAUGUCUACAUUAAGGGGCACAUUUACUAACCCACGAACGGGCCGAAUGCGUCCGAUUGCGGUUUUUUUCGUAA